AUGGACAAAAAAAGGAGCAAGCCUAAUUUGUUAUCCAGGCUUUUUAUAUGUUGGGUGUGUCCGAUAUUUGUGAAAGGGAAUAGAAGAGAUAUAGAGGAAGAUGAUCUUAUUGUUCCAAAUAAAUAUUACGACUCCGAUAAGCUUGGAAGUCAUUUAGAAAGGAGCUGGUUGAAUGAAUUCCAAAAGGCACACCAAGAUGGAAGAGAGCCAUCUCUUUGGCGAGUUUUAUUGCGAACGUAUUGGCUCGCCUAUUCCCCUGGAGGACUGUUGCUUCUAAUAAACACUAUAGCGAGAACAAUUACACCUAUAUUAUUUACGCAAUUGUUGACAUAUUGGUCGGUAAAUGCCGCACUAACUCAAGAGGAAGCUGGUUACUACGCACUGGGGAUGUUGGGUUGCAAUUUCAUUGCACUGAUGGCGCAACAUCAUAAUACUCUGUUCGUGAAUCGGUUCAGUUUGAAGUUAAAAGUUGCGUUUUCAGCUGUUAUUUAUAGAAAGCUGCUACGAAUGAGUCAACUUUCCCUAAACGAAGUGGCAGCCGGGAAAUUGGUGAAUCUCCUAUCGAACGAUAUCGCCAGAUUUGAUCAAGCAUUAAUGUUUCUACAUUAUUUGUGGCUGGUGCCCCUACAAGUCGCAAUCGUUCUAUACUUUUUAUACGAUAUUGGGGGAUAUGCGCCAAUCGUCGGGCUUUUUGUUGUGAUAUUAUUAAUAUUGCCAAUACAAGCUACCCUCACGAAAUAUACGGCGACGAUCCGUCGUACAGUCGCACAGAGGACAGAUAAAAGAAUAAAAUUAAUGAGUGAGAUUAUAAGUGGAAUUCAAGUGAUCAAAAUGUAUGCAUGGGAGAAAUCGUUCUUAAAAAUUGUAACAUUGGCAAGGGAAUACGAAGUAUGGGCUUUACGAAGGUCCCUAUUCGUCCGGAGUGUGUUCAUAGGUUUUAUGAUGUUUGCUGAAAGAACCACGCUUUUUAUAACAUCCCUCACAAUUGUGUUAAAUGGAAAUUUGCUGACGGCUACUGUGAUCUACCCAAUUAAACUGUUUUUGAGCUUGGUACAAAUGAAUUUGACGUUUAUUUUACCGCUUGCGAUAGCUAGCUUAUCGGAACUAGGCGUGACACUUGAGCGAAUCAAAAAUGUUCUUAUUAUGGAUGAGAGAGAGGAUUUAUCGCUACUAUCGAAACCAUCAGCGCCAGUCGAAUUUAAUGGGAAAACAAUUGAAAAUAAAGAUUCAGUAGUUCAAAAAUAUUCAGUUAGCAACGAAGCAAGAAGUUCUGUAGGUCGAUAUUUUUUAGUAUCCUCACACUCGCAGUCCGAAGGGUUUGUUGUUGAGUUGGACAACGUGACAGCGUCUUGGAAGCAGCCAGACGAGACAAAAACUUUAAAAAAUAUAUGUUUACGUUUGCGUAAAAAUAAACUAUGCACAAUUAUCGGGCCCGUUGGUUCUGGAAAGUCUUCUCUUCUGCAAGUUCUUCUUAACGAGUUACCGGUUCUUAGUGGUAAUGUUACCAUGAAGGGAACUGUGUCGUAUGCCUCACAGGAAGCCUGGCUAUUUCCCGCGAGCGUCCGAGAGAAUAUACUAUUUGGGUUACCAUAUGAUAAAAAUAAAUAUAAUGAGGUUUGCAGGGUAUGCUGUUUACUUCCGGACUUCAAGCAAUUUCCAUACGCGGAUUUAUCUUUAGUUGGAGAGCGCGGUGUUCAAUUAUCCGGGGGGCAGAGAGCCAGAAUCAAUUUGGCAAGGGCUGUAUACAGAGAGGCAGAUAUAUAUUUAUUGGACGAUCCAUUAUCGGCCGUCGACGCAAACGUUGGACGACAACUCUUCGAGGAAUGCAUAAAAGGCUAUCUCCGCUCGAAGACCUGCAUUCUGGUCACGCACCAAAUACAUUUCAUCAAAUCCGCGGAUGUCAUUGUAGUGUUAAAUAAUGGCGCAGUCGAAAAUAUAGGAACGCUUGAUGAUUUGUUGAAAUCUGGAAAGGAAUUUUCUACGCUCCUAUCAACGAUGGAAGAUAAACACGAGGAAGACAUUGAAAAUGAAACACCCCAAUUCGUGAGAGGUAUGUCGCGAACUUCAGUGAGGAGCGAGGAAGCUUCUAAAAUCGAGAAGGAGCAGAUAUUAGCAGCGGAAGAAAGGGCGAAAGGAAACCUGAAGUGGAGUGUCAUUUCGAAGUAUUUGAAAAGCGUGAACUCCUGGCCCUGGGUUGGUCUUACCCUGCUAUCACUUCUGCUCACACAAGCUGGGGUCUCGUUCAGCGAUUAUUGGGUUAGCUACUGGACAAAUGAGGUCGAUAAUUACGAGCAGAACUUGCCGCCGGGGGAGAAUUCAGAUCCCGGAAUCAAUGUAAUCAUGGGCCCUCUAACUACUGGACAGUAUCUAUUGAUAAGUGGUUGUGCAAUCAUUUAUAUUCUGAUCAUGACGCAUGCGCGAAUCCUCACAUUCGUUGUCAUCACUAUGCGUGCAUCAAUUAAUCUUCACAAUAAUAUGUUUAAUAAUUUAAUCAGAGCUCUGAUGAAGUUUUUCGACACAAAUCCAUCAGGUCGUGUAUUAAAUAGAUUCUCUAAAGAUAUCGGAGCUAUGGACGAGACAUUACCCAGAAGUUUCUUAGAAACAAUACAAAUGUAUAUGUUCGCGCUCAGUGUACUGACAUUGAAUGCGAUAGCCCUACCCUGGACUUUAAUACCAACAUUCGUACUCCUUUUCAUCUUUUUCUUCCUAUUCCGAUGGUAUCUGAGAGCCGCUCAGGCCGUCAAGAGGCUGGAGAGUACAACUAAAAGUCCCGUAUUUAGCAUGAUAAGUUCAACAAUUUCCGGCCUGGGAACGAUUCGAAGCUCAAAUUCACAUCUCAGAUUACUCAAGAUGUUUGAUGAUGCACAGGAUGCCAACACAAGCGCAUUUUUCUCAUUUCUCGGCGGAGCAUCAGCGUUUGGAUUGUAUUUGGAUACAAUUGGACUAGCCUAUCUCGCAACUAUCAUAGCUAUCUUUCUGUUCCUAGAUUUUGGUGACGUGAUACCGGUCGGUAGCGUCGGACUCGCCGUGAGCCAAUCAAUGUCUAUGACAAUGAUACUCCAAAUGGCGGCCAGGAUCACCGCUGAUCUCUUAGCGCAGAUGACUUCCGUUGAACGAGUGCUCGAGUACACCAACCUACCUUGCGAGGAGAACAUGGAAGAUGGGCCUACUCAACCUCCGAAAGAGUGGCCUACGGAUGGAAAAGUAGAAUUUGAAAAUGUCUACUUAAAAUAUGGAGUAGAAGACCCACCAGUGUUGAAAGACCUCAAUUUUGAAGUCGAAGGUGGUUGGAAGGUUGGCGUGGUUGGGAGAACUGGUGCUGGGAAGUCAUCGCUCAUCGCUGCUUUAUUCCGACUAACCAACAUUGAAGGGAAGGUCAAAAUAGAUGGCUUCGAUACGAACGGGAUGCCGAAAAGUCUCUUACGUUCAAGAAUAUCUAUAAUUCCACAAGAGCCAGUCCUGUUCUCGGCUUCGUUGAGGUACAAUUUGGAUCCAUUCGACAGUUAUAGCGAUGAAGAUAUUUGGAGAGCUUUGGAACAGGUGGAACUAAGAGAUGUUGUACCAGCAUUGGACUACAAGGUUUCCGAAGGCGGAUCCAAUUUCUCAGUCGGUCAAAGACAGCUGGUGUGUUUGGCACGGGCUGUUUUGCGUUCUAAUAAAAUUCUGAUAAUGGAUGAAGCUACCGCCAAUGUUGAUCCACAAACUGACGAGCUCAUCCAAAAAACCAUAAGAAAAACCUUCGCAUCUUGUACUGUAUUGACAAUUGCCCACCGGUUAAAUACAAUUAUGGAUUCUGACCGCGUUCUAGUCAUGGACAAAGGAAAAGUAGCAGAGUUCGAUCAUCCAUAUAUACUCUUAAAAAACCCAAACAGUUUAUUUAAAUUUAUGGUUAAUGAAACUGGGGAUAGCAUGAGCAAAGCUCUCUUCGAAGUGGCGAAGAAGAAAUACGAACAGAAUACUCGAAAUAUCAGUUAA